AUAUAUAUAUAUAUAUAUAUAUAUAUAUAUAUGUGUGUAUAUAUAUAUACCUAUAUAUGUAUGUAUACCUUUUAAGUGUUUGUUACACGUAAACAAUUAUGACCACGAUCAGCACACAACGAUCAACCUAUAGUCCGCUACUCUUAUUUGCAUCGGCCUCUACGCAAAGCAAUAGGAAAGUCGUAGUUUUUGUAAAUAUAAUGCAAAAUUUGUUGUUAAUUUAAAAUACUUUUCCAUCAUUUGCUUAAACACGCUAUUAGACACAGCUCUGCAUUGGAACCAAUUGAUUUGAGUUCGAUGCAUGGGACAAAACGUGACCGGAAGACUUGCGCAGCCUGUUCGCACUGUAGUAAAAUUUUAUUAUUUUUUAUAUGCUAGAACAAAUUUAUUCUAUAGCUUACCCAUUUGGAAAAUUUUUAAAUUAAUUUUAAUUUCUAAUCCAGUUUUAUCGAAUAUGCAUUCAUUUAAACUAAAAAUACGAUAUUAAUUUGUGUUUUUUGUUUGUGACAUAUGGGGGAAACGGAAAGCAGAGCAAAGAGCGAAUAAUACCCAUGAUAGGCCGUCCAAUUAUGUAAUUUAAAAAAAUUAAGCAUUUGUGUUGACUAGUAAACAAGAAAAUAAUCCAUUCAGGUAUGCGAUGUUAGUUCAUUUGUUAAUGAUUUACAUAUUUAUUUAUGAACCUGUAUAUUAGACGCAUAAGAUAAUUCAUAAAUAACUAACGAAAAACGAAUCUUGUAUCUUUGUGUAGUACAAUAACAAAUUUGAGCAGAAAUAAACGUUAAUAAUACCUAAAUAAAAUUUUUUUUAACCCGUCUUUGGGCUCGUUUUCAAACCGUCAAACCCACGUUGAUUAACGUCUUAGUUGCAAGCAAUAAUCUAAGAGUUAUAGGCUCAGUUAGGCAUAGUUAACUUUACUUUACUUGAAAAAUGUCACAGACCAACCUUAUAUUCACACGCCGCCAAAUAUCUGCCGAAAAAUGCGCAUACUAAUCUAACAAACCAUUGCACGGCGUUCGUUUACAUUCGGUUGGAGUGUCAAGGCUCGGUUAUGCAUACUUAGCGUAGCAUAGCAUGUUUUCAAACGACGUUUGUCUACGCAAUUCAAAAUAGGGCUGGGAGUUCUAACCGGAUUUUUUGUUGACUAACCGGAUAAUCGAAUAUCUGAUUAAUAAUUGAAGGGAUAUUAACCGAAUAUCGGGCUUUUCGAAUCUUAAAAUUAACAAUAAAAUAACAAAUGUUUGUGUUCUAAUGAGGUGUUCUAUUAUAUAGUUCUCAGUUUGAUAGAUUCUGUAAUUUUGUUUGAAUUUUACGAAUGCGUUUAAAUACUAUUUAGAUUAUCGGAAUAAUCAAAUGAACGGAUAUCCGAAUAAAAAAAGAAUAUACGGAUUUUAUCCGUAUUUGUACGCCAAUAUUCGAAAGGAUAUCCGAAUAUACCGAUAGUCCCAGCCUUUAUGCAAAGCCAAGUAUGCUUAAUUGAACCUUAACACAAAGGUAAGUAAUUUCUCGUUAACGGUUGCUAUAGAAAUCAGAAAACAUUUUUUUACUGGAGCACAACAUAUCCUCGAGUAACAACGAACAUGCAAUGUAGAGGCACGUUCACAUAUGUAUAUACUAUAUCUACUUGGAAAUAAACUUGUUCCUAAUUUGAAGACGUAUACGAGCAGAUUGAUUUUAUAAAAUUGACAACCCGUUGCUAUUCGAUCUCUGUGGUUAGAAUCAUACAUAAAUAAAUUUAUAGCCAUGGAAGGUAAACCUUGUGAGAGCAUAAUAACCACAGGACCAAAGGGGACGGCUGUAGAGACGAAUGCACGAUUAUACAGCUCGGACAACAAAGCUGUAUUGUGGCCGAGCGAACGCAUUCCUCAAGGUGGACUUUUCCACACACCCAAGUUCGAGUAUAGCAAGGAAACCGCCGAUUUGUUGACAGCUCUUAUGGCUGAGUCAAAAAUGUCGAUGAUGAUGCGAAAAAAAAUUAACUAUCACUUACGCAACGGAGAACCAUUGCCAAAACCAGAACCUCCACGUUUUAACACGAAGGAUCCAGAAGCUGGGGCACUUGAUAUUUUACGGCAUGCGCGUCUGGCCAAGCGAAAGAGUCUCGAACAAAUAUUGGCAAGCGAUGCCUACAAGCUACCUGCUUAUCGUCCGAAGCCCACGAAUCGUAUGCCCACCGAGAAGGAAAAGAAGCUGCUGCAAGAGGCCAUGUCAGGUAUGCGCUUGGCAGAGACGUCACUGAAAGCAAAGCGAAAACCAAAAUCUAGGAACGACUUUAAUGCUACUGAGGAGAACCUCAUCGAUGAACUUUUGGAUCAAAUCAAUGAACGGGCCAACUGGUUAGCGGAAAUGGAAGAAUUGGGCGAAGGUAAGCGCUUUAGAAACGAGGUUCGUGAACAAAUUGCCGAACGGUUACGCCACAUAAAGGCGUUAGAGGCGAAAAUGCAGAUUAAAAGGUGUGGUAUACGAUACGUGGAAUAAAGAAUGGCAUGCAAAAUUAUAUUCACAAAUCUUAUAAAGGAAUACAUACAUAUACUUUGUCGAUCGGACGACAAACUUUAUAUAUCUGUGUUCGUAUGGAAAAGUAGCUUAUGUCGAAAGGUUGGCUUUAGUAUA